CGCUGAUACUCGCUCAGCACCACUGACCACGGGCAUGAAAACACCCCUCAGUGGUGACCGCCAUUUUGAACCUGCAGGCGAGCGGCAGAGGAGGGGACGACCCGGGCGAUACCAGUUCAGGGGGGUGCGGACCAAACAACAGGAAGACGAAAGCGCUUUCACCAACAAGACUUUUCACCUUGGGCCGCAGAUGUAUAGAGAAAUUAUCAAUAAUGUUUGAAGUUUUUAAAUGGAAAGAGUAAAAAUUUGAAGAAAGAAGAAAAGAUGUUUCCGCCGCCGCGUCUCCCCCUGUGCGGGCUCCGCAUUUGGCAGAUCCCGAGGUCGCUGCUUCCGCCAGUGGGGGUGGCUGAGAUCGAAGCUGCCCUUGGUGGUGGGGUCAUUGUUGGCACCCAGUCUGAAGCAAUAAUGGUGAACUUAGUUCAGAUUGUGCGUGACCACUGGGUACAUAUACUUGUCCCCAUGGGAUUUGUCUUAGGAUGGUACAUGGACAGAAGGAACGAUGAAAAGCUAACUGCCUUCCGGAACAAGAGUAUGCUAUUUAAAAGGGAAUUGAGGCCCAAUGAAGAAGUUACCUGGAAGUAGACUGUGGCUAAAUUACAGAAUAUUCAUGUUUUAAAAGUUAUGGGAGAAAUAAAAACAUGUUUGUUAUUUAAUUAUAA